GAAGCAACAACCCUCAAGAUGCUAAUUGAAAUGGCUCUUAAAUAAUAUCAAUGCAAAAUCCAGAAAAUCCGGAUUCAAUUCAACAACCUAACUUCAAUUAGGAAUGCCCUUACAAUUCAGUCCAACUUCACACAAUCACAUUCAACAACGUCUGGGAUUACUUGGUGCAUCUAUAGAAAUGCCAUUUACUAAAUCAGAGAUCCGAAAUCAGAUAAUCCUCAUAAUACUACAUGUGUCAUCGCUGUCUCAAAGUCUUUGAAGAACUCCAGCAUUUAUUGGAUCACAAAGACACCGAACACACAGUCAACUUUGAGAAGGUUUUCGACAAAAAGCCAGAGCAAUGGAUACAAUUGUCCAAAAAAGGAAGAUGGGAAAUCAUCAAACUUAUUGAGAAUUACAAGGACAACUACCUCAACAAAAAGGAUAACAAUUCUGAGAGCAUAUUUCCUCUGCACCAAACUGAUCCUCGGUUGAACAUUCCGAGAGACACCACAGCCAAAAUCAGGAAUCUGCAAAUCGAGAAAAAGGAGAAAUUGUAAUUGUACUUAUUACAAUCCAAAGUGUUGGAAUCUGCUUAUCACAAACUGUUCAACCAUUACAAAGAUCUCUCAAUGGUCAAUAAAGAGUAUCCUUAUAAAUUAACCAAGGAUUCCUUCUCUCAAUUAAUGAUCAAAUACAAUAUCAAAUUGACCACUCAGUUGUUUGACCAAUCGAGAGUAUGUGAAUUCAUGGAAACUGCUCUCACCAAUCCAGAGGAUCAUAUCAUGUAUAUGAAUAGAAGACAAAUCAAUAAGUUCUUUUACCUUUGGAUUUUGAUUCAUGAAGACGUGAAUCCCUUCCCAGGUGUUCAAUUUCAAGAACCUUGGGUGAUAUUGGCCAUCCCAACAUCCUCCGAUCAAUUGCUGAAUAUGCCCACCAAAAAGCCUGCAGAUAAUAUAUAAUUAUUGGAAUUGCAAAAGUUAUUGAAUGAAUAAUUGGAAAUUGCCAAAUCAAUCGAACAGGAGAAGUCCAAAUUCGAUUAGAGGAAAAUUGAGGAAAGCAAAGUGUUGGAAUAAAAGAUCUAAAAACUUGAAAACCUCGAAACCCAAUUAAGAAUUCAAUUGACCACUCAAAAUAAGUAAUUAAAUGAUUUUGAAUCAGUUAAGUAAUAAUUAAAAGAACAGUCUAUAAUCGAUCUCCAAGAUCGUAGCAACAAACUCGACCAUUAUUAUCAAGUCCAAAGAACUAAGAUCUAAAAUGAUAUGACUAAUCAAUCGGAACUAUUUAAAUUAGCUGAUUCGUUUGCAAAAGAGAAACAAAAACUACUGUAACGAGUUGAGAUCUACACGGAGAAAAGAAACAAGGUUCAUUACGAAACUCAGGAUCUAAAGGCUUAAAUCACGAAUUUGGGGGAGAAGCUGCGACAGGAUGAAUAGGACAGAUUAAAAAGUAAGACUAGAAGAAGAUAGAGGAUUAUCCAGGAGUUGUGUAUCAAGUGUUAGAAGAAUACAAGGGAAGUUAUCCAUUUUCCAUGUUAACAUUUCCUAUUUUGCAUUUAAUGUAUCAUCUAAGGGAUGGUUGAAAAAAGAUAGCAAUGUCCUUUGGUUGCUAUUGGACAAUGCAGAGAUUAAAGAAAUCUGGAUAAGAAGUUCAAGACUGUCAGAUUCAGCAAAAAUGAUUGA